AGGCUGGCCUAAAAGUCACAAUUCAAAAUACCAAAUUAAGGCAUUGUCUUGGUGCUGACACAAUUAUUUCAAUGAAAUUAAGUAUUUGCAUGUGUAUGUUUCAUCACACGUAGUGACAAUUAUCACUCUGUGCUCUGGAAUCCAACCUUGAACCGAGAAAACUACAAGUCCCAAAAUUCCACACCUAUUUUGUGGAACGUUCAUGCGCAGCACGUUGUGCAUGUGGACAUGCUGUGAAUUAUUGAAGCGCGUUCAGUUGACCCAUUCUGCAGGUGUUUUGCAAAGUGAAGUACCGUUAGCAUUUAUCUCACUUUCUGAAGACGCUACUCAAAGUCAUGGGUGAACCAGUGUCUGAAAUGUGUGAUCACCUCAUCAAAGCUGUUAACGUGAUGAUGGACGCGGAAUCUAGUCAAAUAUAUCGUCUGGAGGCCCUAAAGUUUUGUGAGGAAUUCAAAGAGAAGUGUCCAUUCUGUGUUCCAUGUGGGCUAAAGUUAGCAGAUAAAGCCCAAACAGCAGUGGUGAGGCACUUUGGUCUACAGAUACUGGAGCACGUCAUCAAGUUCAGAUGGAACAACAUGCCACAGCAGGAGAAAGUCCAGCUGAAGAACUGUGCCAUGGGGCUGUUGUCAUCUGGCACAUAUCCUAUCCUGGAGGAGGAGAGUCACAUCAAGGACGUUCUCGCACGGAUCAUAGUGGAGAUGAUCAAGAGAGAAUGGCCUCAGCACUGGCCUGACAUGCUCAAGGAGAUGGAGACACUGACCAGCAUAGGGGAGGCCCAGACAGAGCUGGUGAUGAUGAUCCUGCUGCGGCUGGCGGAGGACGUGAUCACCUUCCAGACGCUGCCCGCCCAGCGCCGCAGGGACAUCCAGCAGACCCUCACCCAGAACAUGGAGAGCAUCUUUAGCUUCCUGCUCACCAUCCUGCAGCACCACGUUGACGAGUACCGCAAACUGAAAAAAAUACCAGGCCAAGAAUUGCAGGCCAAGGCCCACUGUCGUGUAGGUGUGGCUGCUCUGAGCACCCUGGCAGGCUACAUAGACUGGGUGGCCCUGGCCCACCUCACCAAUGACAACUGUCGCCUGCUGGAGAUGCUAUGUCUGCUGCUCAGUGAGACAGAGCUGCAGCUGGAGGCUGCCGAGUGCCUGCUCAUCGCCAUCAGCCGCAAGGGGAAGCUGGAUGACAGGAAACCGCUCAUGGUGCUGUUUGAUGAUGUCGCCAUGCACUACAUCCUGUCUGCAGCACAGUCUGCAGAUGGAGCAGCAACAUACAACACAUCCUCUCCGACACAGCCAGUGGUGGAGAGACACUACAUCUUCCUGAAGAGGCUUUGUCAGGUCCUGUGUUCCCUUGGCAGCCAACUCUGCUUCUUAGUGGGUUCAGGUGUGGAGGUAGAUGUACCUGCAAACCUCAGCAAGUACACAGAAGCAUUCCUGGCCUUCACCACUCACCCAAGCCAGUUCCUAAGAUCUUCCACCCAGAUCACAUGGGGAACCCUGUUCAGACAUGAGAUUCUCUCCAAGGAUCCUGUCAUCAUCCAGAUGAUGAUCAAGUACUUCAGAGCCACCAUGACCAACCUAGUCAAGACUGGUUUCCCUUCCAGGAACGACAGUCCCAGCUGUGAGUACUCCCGUCAUGACUUCGACAGUGAUGAAGACUUCAACUCCUUCUUCAACUCGUUCCGAGCGCAGCAGGGGGAGGCGGUCCGGAACGCCUGCCGUGUCGUUCCCUUGGAGGGCUUCCAGAUUGCAGCAGAGUGGCUGCAGUAUCAGAUCAGUACACCCAUUGACAUCGGGACCACUGGGUCUAAGAUGGCAGAGGGGCUGUGCUCUAUCCUGUCUCCGUCAGCGGUCCAGUGGGAUGCUAUGACCUUCUUCACAGAGAGUGUUGUGGGACAGAUCUUCAAGAACGUGGAGGUUGAGAAGUUGCCAGUAGAUCAGGGCAUUGAGCUGCUACAGGCAGUGUUGAACUACAACACCCAAGACCCUCUCAUCCUGUCCUGUGUCCUCACCAAUCUCUCCUCCCUCUUCCCCUUCGUCACACACCGACCUCACUUCCUGCCUCAGGUCCUCUACAAGCUGUUUGCCUCCAUCACAUUUGAGGUGGUAGAGGAGAGCAAGGCUCCACGGACGCGUGCGGUAAAGAACGUCAGAAGACACGCCUGCUCCUCCAUCAUCAAGAUGUCUCGAGAUUACCCAUGGUUCAUUCUGCCAUGUUUUGACAUACUGUAUAAUCAGGUGAAGAAGCUGUUCUCCAACGAGGCCCUGUUGACCCAGAUGGAGAAGUGUGCUCUGAUAGAGGCUCUGGUCCUCAUCAGUAACCAGUUCAAAGACUACACCAAGCAGAAGGCCUUCCUGGAGGAGCUCAUGGCCACCGUGGCUGCUCGCUGGACCUCCGACGAGAUGAGGCAGGUACUGUUGGAACCUGCUCUGUUCCUGGCUUUCGUUGGUGCUGAUCAGCUGAUGGCUGAAGGCACAGACCACACAACAGGCAUCAACAGGUCACGGUUGAGUUUCUGUGUAUACACCAUCCUGGGGGUGGUGAAGAGAGCGCGCUGGCCGGCUGACCUGGAGGAGGCUAAGGCGGGGGGCUUCGUGACGGGCUACACCCCUUCUGGAGCCCCAAUCUACAGAAACCCCUGCACCCCCCAGGUCCUGGCCCUUCUGCCCAACUUGCUCGCCCUCAUCAGAACCCACAACAAUCUGUUCCUGCCGGAGAACAUGUGUCGUCUGAGUGAGACGUUCUCCAGAGCCUACGAGGUGAUUGAGGUGGAGAGGAAGGUGGUUCUAGGCCUUACACAGCCAGUCCUGGACAUCUAUGACUCUCCAGUGUACAAGACUCAUCUGGAGCGCAUGCAGGGUUUCUUCUGUACCCUCUAUGACAACUGUUACCAUAUCCUGGGGAAUGCAGGCCUAUCAUUGCAUCAGGACUUCUACACCAUCGAGGGAUUGGCUGAACAGAUUGUUGGUUCUGCCUUAAUCUCCCUCGACAACGUGCCUGACCACAGACUCCGCCCCAUGCUCCGGGUGUUCCUGAAGCAGCUGGUGCUGUCGUGUCCUCAGGAGUACUACGACAGUCUGCUCUGCCCCCUACUGGGCCCUCUGUUCGCCUACAUGCUUCAGAGACUCAACCUCAGGUGGCAGAUCAUCAACCAGCGGAGUACUGUCAGUCUGGAGGAUGACGAGGACGAGGCGUGUGAGGAGAACCAAGUCACCCAGGAGAUGCUGGAGGAACAGCUGGUUCGUCUGGUCACCAGAGAGGUUCUGGACCUGCUCACUCACGCCUGCAUACUGAAAAAAGUUCCUGAGCCAGCAGGGAAUAAGGAGGAUGUGGAUGAGGAUGAGAUGAUGUCCACUGAGUCCCAGGCAGUCACAGCCUCUCCGGCCCAGCCAACAGGCGAAAUGACUGAGCUGGGGAAGUGUCUACUCAAACAUGAGGACAUCUAUAUGACCUUGUUGACUAUCUCGUUCACCUCUCUGUCCUGGAAGGACACCAGCAACUGUCACCGCACUGCCUCCAUGGUGUGCUGGACCCUGCUGCGACAGGUCGUAGGGGGGAACCUUCUACCAGAGGCGGUCACUUGGUUCUAUGCCAGUGUUCUGAAAGGACUGCAGAUGCACGGGCAGCACGAGGUCUGUAACUCAGCCCUCACACAACUGGCCCUGAUUAUAUAUGACAACCUGCGGCCACGAUACAUGGAGCUAAGGAGUGUCAUGACUCAGAUCCCCAGCAUCAAUCUGGAGGCUCUGGACCAGUAUGACCAGCGGCUGCUGGAGCCCAGCUCUGCCCAGAAGGUGGGAGAGAAGAAGAGGAAGGACCAGUUCAAGAAGCUCAUUGCCGGCACUGUGGGGAAAGAUCUGGGCCAGCAGUUUAAAAAGGAGGUACAUAUCAGAAAUCUCCCAUCUCUCUUUAAGAAGCCCAAGCUGGAGAAAAGGGACAUUGUGGAGCCCAGUGAGACUGGAUCUCUAGCAGCUCUCUUCUCCCCAACACAGGACGACAUCUAGGAGAACAUAACAGCACAUAGAGGCUCUCAGACUGGACUAACACACAAACACACUUUCUACCCUCCCCAGUGGAGAUUUACUCCUGAAGGAUUAGCUCAUCAAGGGUACAACGUCUCUAUCCUAUUGGUCAACAGUAGGAUGAAUGGACUCUACAAACUGUGGACAAAGAGAAUCAGAAUAUUCUGUCAUGGACUGAACCCUGCUAACUGGUCAUACAUAUGUAUCCAAAUAAUGUGUCUGUCUGCCUUGAUCGAGAAAACGGGACAAUGUGUCUGAAGAUGAUGGUUAUUGUCCUUCAAGAGGACAUGGCUGUUGCCAUAAACCCUGCAGGUUGUAAAUGGUAACAACACAAUGCAUUUAUACAGCUCAUAUCCUCACUAGCACAACACAUUUAACUUACAUUGUGUUUUGGUAUCUCCGCUAACAUGGACCAUCCACCCAGGUGCUAAACAUAGAGAUAGAUAGAGGACUCAUCUUUAUAUAUGUAUCAUUAUAGUGUCUGACAGCAUGGGCAGCACCAGUUGAGGCUACAACCCAUAGUCAAGAAGUCAUCAGGGUGGGGAUUCCUAUUUUAAAAUGAUGGAUGACGGCAAUGCCCAAGUUAAAAUGGGUUAUACCCAUGAUGAGUCCUCUAUCUAUAUCUAUGGUGCUAAAUGACAGCAGCCAUUUUCUUGCCAGAAGAACCUGAAUGGGAUUCAGUGAGCAUGUCUGAGGUGGGAUAAUUCAGAGUAGUCUGCUGUAUAAGGAGAGCUGUCAUCAAGCCCAGGUUUUGUACAGGAUCAUUCCUCUGUUGAUGGAUGAGGUUGUCAAGUAGAACCGUCAUCGGUGACUUCAUGUUUUGAACUGGUGUUUCUCCCAGCUAUGAACAGAUGAGAAACCAGCACAACAUUCCUCUUAGGUUAAAGGGAUCGUUUGCUGCAUCAAGUUGUCAGGCGUUAUUGUUUGUACAAACUGACUGACUAGUGGAGAGCUCAUAUUUUAUUAAUCUGUUUUGAAGGUAACAUUGGAUACAUUUGGAAAAGAUCUACAGGAAUGGAAAGGGGAUUCCUAGUCAGUUGUACAACUGAAAGCAUUCAACCGAAAUGUGUCUUCCACAUUUAAGCCAACCUCUCUGAAUCAGACCUCAAUCCCAGAUGAAUGACAAUAGAAACUAGGCACCAAGUGUAUAUGGUGCCUGUCAGUUUCACAUUCAUUUGCUAUUGAGGCCUAGAGAAUUAUUUACACUAAAGACGCCAUGGAAUCUUCUAAUAUAGACUGCUCUGUAAUAUAGACUGCUCUGUAAUAUAGACUGCUCUGUAAUAUAGACUGCUCUGUAAUAUAGACUGCUCUGUAAUCUAGACUGCUCUGUAAUCUAGACUGCUCUGUAAUCUAGACUGCUCUGUAAUCUAGACUGCUCUGUAAUCUAGACUGCUCUGUUACACCAGUGUUCAGGUCUGACAAAACAUUGAUAUUUUUGUGAACUACCCUUGUAAAUCUCUUCAUCCUGUCAAGUAUUGUUUUGUUCACAUGUGGCCCUUUUUUCCUCCUCAACAUCAAGGAAAAAAUUAUCUGUACUUGUACAGGGGACAAAAUAUAAAACAUUUUAGUGCUGUUUAGAUUUUUCUGUUUUUAAAUAAAAUAGUCUUCAAAGUCA